UAGUCCGCGGUGGCACACCACGGGAAGGACUGCAGAGCAAAGGCUGCCGGGAACUGUAGUCUUCGUGAGUGGGAAUCCCGGCAGGCGCGAUCCCAGGGGCGGGAGCCGAGGUAAAGAGGCGAUGUUCGGGAGCCGUGAUUUCCGCUGUGAUUGCGGUCAGGCCGGGGCCCUGGCACAGGCGAAUUGCCGACGGAGUAGCGGGACAGCGCUCAGUGCCGCGGCUGUGGAGAUAACAGCUGUGCCGAGGCCAUUGAAUCCCGUGGCCCUUGUGAUUUGCCUGUCCAGUUCAGUGAGCACAGUUAUCACCUGCUGUCAGCACACGCCUCGUCAGGUCUUCUAAAAUUGGACUAAACCUAUUUUUAUUUUUUAAUGCGUAUCACAGUAUUCUUGUUCCAGAAGAAAAUCACGGGCAUGGAUCUGUGAACCUUUGUGCGUGUCUAUUGCCCUGGGCGUUUUCAGCAGGAGGAUGAGGAGGCUUGUGUCUUCUUUGGAGGGGGAGAAAGAAGUGGUUACACUUGGAGGAGAAAAAGCACAGGAAACUCCAAGGACUGAAAUGCGCUUGCAGCUGAAGUAUCCUCAUCAUGAAUAGGUACAAAACUAUCAGACAGCUUGGUGAUGGGACGUACGGCUCUGUUCUCCUAGGGAGAAGCAUUGAAUCUGGAGAGCUAAUAGCCAUUAAAAAAAUGAAGAGAAAGUUUUAUUCCUGGGAGGAGUGCAUGAACCUUCGAGAGGUUAAGUCUUUGAAGAAAUUAAACCAUGCUAAUGUGGUAAAGCUGAAAGAAGUUAUCAGGGAAAAUGAUCAUCUGUAUUUUGUGUUUGAAUACAUGAAGGAGAAUCUUUAUCAGUUAAUGAAAGAGAGAAACAAACUGUUCCCUGAGUCUACAGUUAGGAAUAUUAUGUAUCAGAUCCUGCAAGGGCUUGCAUUUAUUCAUAAGCAUGGGUUCUUUCACAGGGACUUGAAACCUGAAAACCUGCUUUGCAUGGGACCGGAACUUGUGAAAAUUGCAGAUUUUGGCUUAGCCCGAGAAAUCCGAUCUCGACCUCCUUACACAGAUUACGUAUCCACAAGAUGGUACAGGGCUCCUGAAGUACUUCUGAGAUCCACCUGCUAUAGUUCUCCAAUAGAUAUUUGGGCUGUUGGUUGCAUAAUGGCAGAAGUUUACACGCUGAGGCCUCUCUUCCCAGGCGCCAGUGAAAUUGAUACUAUAUUCAAAAUUUGCCAAGUCUUAGGGACGCCAAAAAAGAAUGACUGGCCUGAAGGGUACCAACUUUCAGCUUCCAUGAAUUUUCGCUGGCCUCACUGUGUGCCUAACAACCUAAAAACUCUCAUACCUAAUGCUAGCAGUGAAGCAGUGCAGCUCAUGAGAGACAUGCUGCAGUGGGACCCCAAAAAGCGGCCAACAGCUAGUCAGGCACUUCGAUAUUCAUAUUUCCAGGUUGGGCAUGCCCUGGGCAUUCAGGAACUGGGAAAACAAAAGGAAUUGCAUAAUAAAUCAUCUCUGCAUAUUAAGCCUGUCCCUCCAGCACAGCCCCCUCCGAAACCUCAUGCCCGAAUUUCAUCAAGGCCUUUUCAACAAAGCCAGUCUUCUCAGCACGUGGUGUACGCAUGUAAGACAGACAACUCUGGGGCUGAGCACAAUAACUACUUACAGGAGGACAAGUCUAACCAGGUUCUUCUGCCUGCAAUUCACAAUAAGGUUCCUCAGCAGAAAACGUCUGCUGGAUGUGAGAAUAUAAAUGGUGAACUUAAACCAAAACCUAGGCGAAGAUGGGGACAUCUUCCCAGGACAGUUAAGAGUUCUGAAGACUGGGAUGACUUGGAAGACCUUGAUUUCAGCUCUUCCAUCAUGAGAAUGGACUUGAAAAACAAGAAGAGGCAGAAUGAUGAGACUCUUUGCAGAUUUGAAAGCAUUUUGGACCUGAAGCCUUUGGAUGCUGCAGGCUCUGGCAGCAGUGCACGAACUUCCCAUGGGACCUUUUUGCGGCAGGACACUCCCACAUUGCGAGUUUCAGCAGCAAAGCAACACUACUUGAACCAUUCUAGGUAUCGACCUGGAAUAAGCACCAGGAAUAGCAUAGUCUCCACUUCAAACAAAGAGUCUGUUCCAUCUAAUCACUGGCCCGGUUCUGGUUUGUCUGGGAAAACUUCUGUUUUGGGAGGAAGUACUACCAACAGGAUGAAUUCAGGGCCCGUAGGAUCAAGCAGUCUAACGAGUGCUUAUGUCCCUUCAUUUCUGAAGAAGGAAGUAGGUUCUGCUGGGCAGAGGGUUCAGUUAGCACCAGUUGUGGAUCCAUCUUCCGAUUUUGCAUCUGUGACAUCAGUCAGACCCCUUCUUGGAUGGCCGUCGUUCAGUUCACCUACCAAAAGCUCGCCGAGGUUAAUGCCUCUCCCGCCAGCAGCGGAACCGAUCCACGGGCGCAUUGACUGGUCCGCGAAGUACGGCGCUCACCGGUGACCUGGGAAAUAUCCUCUGACCAGGGCGUGCUUCCCAGGACAUGGUGGCCAACGUGAGACCAUUUCAUACUGGUUUAAAUACCUGGACAAUUAAAAGGAGCACAUCUUCCAUGAAUGAGACAUUUUGAAGGUUUUUUUUUUUAACUGGAGGUUUUUUAAUCUGAUUGCAUUCAGAUUAAUGCAGUACAUCUGCAUUAAUCUGAAUGCAAUCUUGUACCUUUUUGUAUAAAAAUAUUUUGUUAUAUUCUUGGGUCCAGUUAUUUUCAUAAAAGUGAUACAUUUUGUAUAUAAGGCUUAGGGGGUUUGGCAUUUUUAUACAACAAAUUUUUAUAAUGAACUUUUAAAAAAUUAACUUUUUUUAUUAGAUUCAGCAUUUUUAUAGAAGUGGAUAAAAAACCCACGGUGCAAUAUUGCAGUGAAGGAGAAGUACUGAGGAAGGGGCAUUCAUUAGACAUUUUCUAAAGUUUAUGUGCUAAUUGAGGCUGUGUAAUUUCAAGCGAUGCCACGUCUCAGUGCCACACUUCUGUUGUUCUAUGCUCAUUGCUUCAUACUGACAUCAGAGGAGUGAGUGACUUAACAGUCUAAACUCUCCUUUGCAGUCACUGAGAGACUGCUGAAAGAUAGUGAGAGGCACCUUUUUUAAUUUAUUUUUGCCUUUAAAAGAUUUUUUGUUGGACUGCUAUUCAGAUUUACCAAAUCUGAGGACUCUUGUUUGGUGAAGGGCAAAUACUCUCCUGUAGAUCCAUUUUCUGACACAAUGUUCCUUUUUCCUGCUUAAAAGUUAUUUUUUGGCAUUGUUCACUAUGAAAUAGAAUGUGAACCUACCUCUGUUAAAUUCAUGUAAAUGGUCUAAUGAUUUCUAAGGAGAAAAAGCAGAUUCUGUUUAUUCUUUUUCUUUUGUUGAGAAUGAAAGAGCUGAAGACAUGUUAAAGACCGUAUUGACAAUAAAUUACUAAAACUCAUAAAACUGG